AUAAGAUUCAAAAUUCAAGACAUUGGGGUUAGCAUUGCUGAUAAAUACUAGACUUGAUGAGCCCCUUCAAGCUGCCAUUCACUGGACAUGAGUGAAGUGCACCAGCAUAGAGCAUUCCUAGACUUUGUCACGCGGGGCUCACAAACAUAGCUCAUCCUUGCUGGUACAAUCUCCUUGCCCAUGCUUUUUUGUAUGGGUUCUCAUUGAGCCUCUGCACAAGUUUGCAUUAAGAAAGGAAGUGAAGGAAAAUAAGAUGAAGAAAUGAUCCAGAAACAUACUAAGGGGCUCAAAGAGAUUCAUAGGGCCCAUAUUGUCAGGUAAGAGCAGCAAAACUCCCAUCCACACAACAGCACAACGCGGCUGAUUCUUCCCAGACCUCAAUUAAAGUCCAUCCUUCCCUCUCUUGAAUCUGGGCCAGUCACCAGCACACAGCGUCAUGUUGACUUUUCAGCUGGAACUGCUUUAGUAAGUCAAACUGACUCCUCGAGUAGUGCUGAACUCGAGUCUUUCUCUAAGCAACUCGAAACCGCGUUCGACAUGGGAGGGGCCGAGAAUGUGGCCUUGUCCCUUGGAGAUUCGUGUGAGACAAAGGUUUCUGGCGAACAAGGAGUCACAAUGAAUGAUCCUACCGCUUGCGAGAAACCGCAGAGCCCAGCCAAGGAAGAGAGCUCUUUUGAAAUUGAAUCGCUCAGCAUUCAGGGUAAGGACGCGAAGCCCAAAGGCCCCGCAAGCGUGAAGCCAGCCAUGUCUCAUUUGUCCCAUAAAGUCAUCAAAUAUAUCAGAUCCCCUGGUGGUAGGUUGAUCUCGAAUAACCCACACUAAUACCUUAGGUGACUAACGAGUAUGCCAAUAGAUUACGCAUUCUUCGACCUCGAUCGUUAUGAACAGAGUAUUUCAGAUGAAGGCAAGAAAGAGUUCAGGGUCAGACCCUUGUCUGACGAAGACGUUGCUCGCCAUCCCGAGGCUGCUGACGGAGACGUAAAGUCCGAAAAGUCUGCGAAAUCCAAGAAGAAACACGUUCACAAAUGGUUGAGAAAGCAACACAAAAAGCGCGGCAGCUAUGAAGUUGAUCUGUUGACUAAAUUCGGGGACACCAGCCGCCUGAACAGUGACAAGUCUUCUUCUGAGGCUGCUUUCGACGAAGAGAAUGACAAAUUCUCCAAGUCUGAUGAUUCUUGCAGCCUGUCUAGAAGUAGUUUUAGUUUCAAGGAUCAGCAUUCUCUCAUCGAGGAAGAGGGCAACGUUCUUCCGAAGACAAUUGAAGAUAUCCGCAAAGAAACCGGAACUCAGGUCCUCUUGUUGUCCUCGAAAUAUGUUACUGGUCCACGUAGAGUCGGCGACGAGAGACUUUGGAACAGCAGGAAUUUACGUUGUGCUCACUGUCUCGGCAAAUGCCCCGUCUGCAGCAUCGCGUGCUGUGUAUAUGAAGAAGCACGACGCAAGAUGGCUAAGUCGAGCUCUGACUGUGACAAAGCUGCUGCUGCGGAACUUGUCCAAAUCAUAGAAGGUUUUGGUUCCAAGGUUAAGGACAUGAGUACGUUCUCUCUGUGCUCAAUACUUGGAGGCUGCGGAAGGCGUGUGUGCCCAGAUUGCUCUGGUAUUUGCCCAACUAACAUCUGCCGUGAUGUUCAAUGCAAGGACUGCAAGCCAGAUCCAUGGGAACCUUGCAAUUGGCAUGACUUCUAGAGUGAAAAUAUGUCUUCGAAUUUCUCAGCUAGCCUAGGAUAUGGUCCAAGGUUUGAUGUUAAGGUGAAUACCUUCCUUGAGACAGAGUAUGGUGAAGAACUUGCUGGAACGGAAAUGACGCGAGAUUAUCAAUGAGGUAACUAUGUUUUCCGUGUAUCAACAUAGGGGGUGUCGGAUAUCUAGACCAGAAUAGACGGAUCUGUCACAAGUAAUGAAAGUUUC